AGACGUUUCAGUUGUUCCAAAUGUCUGAUAUUUUUUUUUAUAGUUAGGACUGUUGUAGGAACACUCAUUAAUUUUCUAAUAAUAAUUAUUUCAAAUUUCAAAGUUUAAUUUUAUAUUUUCCUUAUGUGAAAUUGUAGCUAAGUUAAAAAAUGGUGAACACUAUUAAUCAUCAAAUGACUGUUGGACAUAGUGACACUGAAAGCAUAAUGCCUCCUCAUUAUCUACAUGAGGUUCCUAACAAAUAUGAACUUAAUUUGGCUAAAUUAUUCGAAUCGCUUGACAUGGACAAGAACGGUAAAAUUGACAUACUUGAGUUGUCCAUUGCAUUGCAUGAUGAAGAGUAUGUUCAAAAGUUUUCAGAACUGUCUAAUGCCACUAAAAGUGGUUCCAUUACAUUAGCUGAAUUUAUACAUUAUGUUAAAGAACAUGAACAAUUAUUAAGACUAAUUUUUUCAAAAAUUGAUAAAAACAAAGAUGGGAAAAUUGAUCAAUAUGAGAUUAUAAGAGCUUUCCAAGAAUUAAGGAUUGAAAUUGACGACGCUGAAGCUAUAAGACUUCUUAAAAGGAUGGAUAAAGAUGGUAGUUUAGAAAUUAGCUUUGAAGAAUGGAGAGAUUUUUUACUUAACUUCCCCUUUACAGACUUACACGACUUAAUUAAAUAUUGGAGGCAUUCAGCUUGUAUAGACAUUGGAGAAGAUAUGAAUGUGCCAGAUGAUUUCACUCAGGCUGAAAUAAUAACAGGGAUGUGGUGGCAGCAUCUUGUGUCUGGUGGUGUAGCUGGCGCUGUCUCAAGAACUUUUACUGCACCUUUAGAUAGGCUUAAAGUAUAUUUACAAGUAUACGGCAAUCAACAUAGCAAUAUAACAGCUUGUUUCAAAAACAUGUUAAAUGAAGGAGGCAAACUAGGCAUGUGGCGUGGAAAUGGUAUAAAUGUACUCAAGAUAGCUCCAGAGUCUGCACUUAAAUUUAUGGCUUAUGAACAAGCUAAACGCUUUAUUCAAGGUUCAAGAACUAAUGACUUAACAAUAUUUGAAAAAUUUAUGGCCGGAUCCCUUGCUGGAGGUUUUAGUCAAUCAUUAAUUUAUCCCUUAGAAGUUUUAAAAACAAAAUUAGCCAUUAGAAAAAGUAAUCAAUACAAGGGCAUAUUUGAUUGUAUUCAAAAAAUGUAUUACCGUGAAGGUAUGCGCAGUUUUUACAGAGGUUAUGUUCCCAACCUUAUAGGUAUACUUCCGUAUGCUGGUAUUGACCUUGCAGUUUAUGAGACAUUAAAAAAUAAGUAUAUCACUUCACAUAACGAUAGUGAAAAACCUGGUGUGCCAUUAUUGUUAGCGUGUGGUACUAUUUCUAGUACUUGUGGCCAGGUGUGUUCAUACCCUUUAGCUCUUGUCCGUACACGUCUUCAAGCACCUCAUUUUGAAGGUCCUGAUACAAGGACAAUGAUGUCAGUGUUUAGAGAAAUUUGGAUGAAAGAAGGUAUGGCUGGCUUGUACAGAGGUAUCACUCCAAAUUUUAUGAAAGUAGCGCCUGCUGUUAGUAUAAGUUAUGUUGUUUAUGAACGAUGUCGUGAAGCACUAGGAGCACUUGGAGACGUUGUGAAAUAA